AUGGCAGCCGAAGCUGCCUCCUCCCCCGCCCCACCCGCCGACACCACCACCACCACCCCGCAAAAGCCCAAAAAGCAGCGUAAACGAGCUCGUCCAUCGACUGCCUCUGUCGCGCCUUCUGCGCCUGGCACGCCUGUGGCUGCUUCUCCCGUGGUCGUUGAGGCCCCAAAGCCAGAGACGCCUGUGAAGACACCGGGGGAGGGUGAGAGGAAGCCGAGAAAACCGAGAGCGAGGAAAUCAAAGGGCGGUGUAGAGACGCCUUUGAAGGCCUCUUCGCCUGCUGUCGCUGCUCCCGCUCCUGCCGAGGUGGAGGUGAAAGCGGACGAGGCGAAGGGUGAGGAGGUGAGCAAGAAGAAGAAGGAAAAGAGGGACAAGAAGAAGCAGGAACAGCCUACUCCUGCUACAAAAGUGCCUGCUGCCGAGUCUUCUGAGCCUGCCGAGUCUGCUGUGGCUAACAAGCAAGCCGACGAAGAGCCAAAGAAGGAGGCAAAGAAGAGCAAGAAGGACAAGAAGGCAGAGAAGAAGGCUGCUGCUCAAGUCGUGACUGGUGUGGAAGAGGUUGCUGGCAAAGUGGUCGAGGAGGCACCUACUGUCGAGGCGACUGAAGUUUCUGCCACAACGGAUAAGAAGGACAAGAAGGAGAAGAAGGCGGAGAAGAAGCGUAAGCGCGAAGCCGAGGAGACCGCUGCCGAGCCCACCGAGCCCUCGACCUCGACCUCUGAAACUGCCCUUCCAGCGGAACCCAAGAAGCCAAAGAGGUCCAAGAUCAAGUCGCUCAAGGCUGGGGAAAAGUCGGAAGCUGAAAAGGCUGAGGCUGCUACCGAGGCAGAGGGGGGUGAGGGAAAGGAGAAGAGUGCUGGUGAAAAGAUCUUUUUGGACGAGAGGUUGAGUGACCAGGGAAAGAAGAACAUCUUUUAUGCCCACCUCUUUACCCUCUCUCACCCCUCUGCCUCUUCUCCCCCGGCCGAGACGCCCGUUACCCAAUGGAAGUUUAGCAAAGCCAAGCAAAAUUGGUUGAUCCGAAAUGUCUUCAACCUUUCCGAGGUGCCAGAGAGUUAUCUGCCGACUGUGCUAGAGUAUCUAAAGACCAUCCAGGGCUUGUCUCGAACCAACUUGAUCGAUACCGCUCAAAAGAUCAUCACUCCUCCUGCCCCUACCACCAUCGAGCCUGCCCCCGCUGAUAACGACGUCGAGAUGUCUGAAUCCACCACCGAACCCAUUGCUGUGGAUGGCGACGCCAACGAGUCAAAGAAGGACGAGGAGAAGAAGGCUGAUGAGGAGCCCAAGGUGGCAGAGGUCGACCCUGCCAAGGCUGAAAAGCAAAAAAAGACGGAGGAGGAGAGGGAGGCGAAGAAGGAGAGGGCGGAGAGAUUGUUGUCUGCUAUGGCUUGA